UCUCGUACCUUCCCCAAGGUCAGUUCUAAAUUCCUUUCUACUUAUUGAAGGCUCAGAGGAAACACUGGAUCUGAGUACAUGGAUAGAAUGGAGAGCGAUGGGGAAGACCAAGAAAUGAGGGCCCACCUGAUGGCCACUCCAGCAGCUAAGCUGAUGGAAGCACAGAAAAGAGCAGAAAAGUUUGCCGAAGAAAGGGAGGGACAUAAAGCCUGCAAGGAGCUGAUGCGAUGUACAGUCCUCACUAGAAUUAUCUAUGGAAAUGGGCACUGGAGGCUGGCAGAAGCCCUUGCCAGUCUCGCUCACGGCUACCUUACCCUACAAGGUCUUCCUCGUCAGGCUAUACACCACGCAAACUCGGCGAAAUAUAUCCUCCUCUUCCCAGGGAGUGAGAUUCCAGCAGCCUCAGAGGAGAAAGGAGCCGUUCUGAGCACCCAAGUGACUGUCUAUUACACCUUGGGCAUGGCAAAUCUGAUGCAGAAAAAUGCCAAAGAAGGUUACUGCAAUCUGCAGAAGGCUGAAAAAGGUAUGGAAGAACUGCAGGGGUUAGAUUGGAAAGGAACGGCUAAACUUAAACUGUCCAAGAAAGACAUUAUUGUGGCGCUGGGCAGGGCAAGUCUGCAGAAAAACGAAUUAGAUUUGGCAUCCAAGUAUUUUGAGAAGGCCGUUCAUAUUCUCAUUUCAGCUGAAGGGGACUUGGCUCCAGAACUGAUAUCUCUUUAUCAGGAAAUAGCCAAAAUCAAGCAAAUGAAAAAAAUAUAUGAAAAAAGCAUCUCAUAUGUGUUACAGGCUUAUUCUGUGUCAUUAGCGGUCUACCAGAAAUUCAGUCCUGAAGUUGGAUCAGCAGCAUUAUUCCUGGGAAAGGCUUAUGCUGCCACUAGAGAAGAGAAGCAUGCUGAGGCUGCUGAAAUGUAUUUCAAUGAGAGUUUGGGAGCCUACAAGGUAGCACUAGGGAUGGACCAUCCUCGGACAAUCUGUGCCCUCAAAGUCUUCGGCAAAUGGCUUGCACAAAUAGGAAAAAGAAAGCAAGCCUAUGAAUUACUCAAAGAGUCGUUUAAAACUCAACAAAAUCCCUGCAAUUAUUUUAAUAAGCAGGCAGCUGAACGAUUAUAUAUUAUGGGCUGCAUUUGCCUAGCAGAGGAGAAAAUAAGGGAAGCCUAUCAACUGCUCAGUACGUGCAUGCAGAUCCAGACUGCUAUUUAUGGGUCUCACCACAGGAAAACUAAAAAGAUACAAGAGCUGCUAGACAUGCUGAAUAUGUAAGUUUUUACCUUUUUAAAGAACUACGGUUGGAAGA